AUGGAGGACACCUUGGCUAGUAUAAGGAAGAAAUUGAAGAAGCGGAAGAAAGGCAAGGAUAGUAAUGACUUUGGUGCAGUGGCUGAAUGUGGACCUGAGGUUCUGACAUUGGUUCAACAGGAAGAUGUACAUGGUGUUGUUGAUAUAGGUGAUGGUGUUGCUGAUGAGAAGAGCAAUUUAGAUGUCUUGAAACUGGAGGGGAGUGGUGUUUCUGGGAUUUGUGCUCAGGGUUUGGAUGAUUUAGGGUUGAAAGACUCCUUGUCAAUGCUGUUUACGAGAUCUGGUCGGAAGUCACGGCAGGUCUCAGAGGAGGCAGAAGGCAUGGAAGUUUCUUGUUCGCAUGAUGAGGGUGGUCUUAACAAGGGAUCUGGUUUGGCCCCAGACACAGCUUCCAAGGGCACUAAAAGGAGAAGGCGGCGCACAAAGGAAGAGAUGAAGAAUGCUUGUGUACAGGAUCGGAAAGCCUCAUUGCCUCGGAAGGCAAAGGCAAAGGCAAAUGGUAGCAAGUCCACUAGACACUAUAAGGUUGGUGCUGGUCCUGGGCAAGCUUUGGGAGGAUUGUCUUCUGUUUCUCCUGAACUGGAAAAGUCUGUUGGGGAAGAGAAUGCUGCAGAUGAUGGAUUAUUUCACCGAUCAUCAGCUGAAGAGCUUCUACGAGAUGUGGAAGCCAGCAAAGCACUAAAGGAUGGAUCAAUAAACUCUUUCAAUGGUGGGGUCACUGAUCACUUUGAAAUCUCAGCUUGGGCAAGCAAUCACCCUGGGCUGGAAUCUUAUUCAGGAAAUCUUGAUGAAAAAACAUCUUGCACAGCAGCAAAUACAACAAAUGUUGGUGUUUCUGAUGCACACAUAUGUUCCCAAACGCUAGGGAAGGAAAGCAGCGAUGAUGUUGAUUGUUCUCAAGGCAAGUCACCAACAUCAACCAUAAAAAGGAAAACUGGUCUAAAACCAAAACAGGUGCCUGGGAAAUCUGUUCGACCACGAAAAGAGGCAGUAUUAUCUGUUGAAGCUGAUAAUAAACCAACUGAGACAACAGAAAUUAUUGAAGCAAAUACUACUAUGGUUAUUGAGGAAAAUUUGGAUCAGCUGCCUGUUAUGGGGCCCAAGGAUUCUUGUUCUUCUCAUGACAUUGUUGGAAAUAAUCCUAUGUGUCUAGGUGUAGACAUGGCAGCACAACCUGUGAAAGAUGUGGAUAUAGUUGAUGUGGCAGCACCAUUGGAUUAUGAAGACAAGGAGAAUGCAUCAAAGGUGAAACUGAAACGUGUUACGCGAUGUUCCAAAAAACGCAAACAUGGUGACAUGGCAUAUGAGGGUGAUGUUGACUGGGAAACUCUAAUGCAAGAUCAGGGGCUGUUCUCAAAUCCCUCAGCAGUUUUUCCAGAUCAGUCAAUAAAAACAAAAGAUAAAAUUAGAACUUCAGAAGUUUAUGAGGGUGGAGGUGAUACUGGUGUUGCUGCAGUACGUGCUGGCCUAAAGGCAAAGACUAUUACACCGAUUGAGAAGAUAAAGUUCAAGGAAGUUUUGAAGCGCAAGGGUGGCCUUCAGGAGUACCUAGAGUGCAGGAACAUGAUACUAAGUCGCUGGAGCAAGGAUGUUAAACAUUUAUUGGAUCUUGCAGACUGUGGUGUUUCAGAUGUUCCUUUGAAAGAUGAGUUGCCGCAUCAAGCACUUACUCGUGAUGUGUUUUUAUUCUUAGACCAAUAUGGCUACAUAAAUGCUGGAAUUGUGUCAGAUAAGGUGGCAAAGGGGCACGAUGACACUCCGUAUGAGGUUGUUGAAGUACCCAAGCUAAAUGAAUCACCUCAAAUGGAAUCAGUGAGCAUUCAAAAUAGCAUUGUCUCUGUAUCACAAAAGAAUGAGGAUUUUGAGUGUGGAACAAGCAUUGAAUGCUGCAGAACUGUUAGAAAUGCAUCACUGCCAUCCAGCAAUUUGGAUAUCCAAUGUACGUUAUAUCUGGAUAGUUCUGUUGGAAAAGCUGAAGUCCCUCAUCAACAAGAAGCACGUGAAAUUGAAAAUAGUGGAAACAACUGUCGAAGUGACAGGGUUGAGUUUGCUGUGCAUGGCAAAAGAAUAAUAAUUGUGGGAGCGGGCCCUGCUGGUUUAACUGCUGCUCGCCAUUUGCAACGUCAAGGUUUUUCGGUCACUGUUCUUGAGGCACGAGAAAGGAUUGGUGGCCGUGUUUAUACAGAUCGCACAUCACUUUCGGUUCCUGUAGAUUUGGGUGCUAGCAUUAUUACAGGGGUGGAGGCUGAUAUAGCUACUGAAAGACGGGCUGAUCCAUCCUCUUUGAUUUGUUCUCAGCUUGGUCUUGAACUUACUACGUUGAAUAGUGCUUGCCCUCUGUAUGAUGUAGUAACUGGUGACAAGGUUCCCUAUUCUUUGGAUGAAGAUUUAGAAGCCGAAUACAAUGGCCUUCUUGAAGAGCUGGCGCUGCUUUUUGCGCAAAAUGGUGACAGUGCAAUUGGUUUAUCCCUGGAGGAUGGACUGGAGUAUGCUCUUAGGAAGCAUCGUGCAACCCAACCUAUGGAUUCUGUGGAGCAGGAUGGCCACUUGAGAUUUAUGACAAAUUCUGGAGCUGUAGACAUUUCCGUAAGUGCUUCAACAGGAAAGGAGAUAGAUCAUUGUGGAAAGAAUGAUAAGAUAGAUGUCCUCAGCCCUCUUGAGAGAAGGCUUAUGAACUGGCACUUUGCACAUUUAGAGUAUGGUUGUGCUGCAACGCUGAAAUCUCUAUCCCUUCCAUACUGGAACCAGGAUGAUGUAUAUGGAGGAUUCGGAGGUGCUCAUUGCAUGAUCAAAGGUGGCUAUGACACUGUUCUACGGAAUCUUGCUAAAGGACUUGAUAUUAGGUUAAACCAUGUUGUAACUGAAGUACUGUAUGGACCUGAGGAGUUAGGUGCUAGCCGUAAGGAUGGGAAAUAUGUCAAGGUUUCCACUUCAACUGGAAGUGAAUUUACUGGAGAUGCUGUGUUAAUAACUGUUCCUCUUGGUUGCUUGAAAGCAGGGACAAUCAAAUUUUCACCUUCCUUGCCAGACUGGAAAGUAUCUUCUAUAAACCGGCUUGGGUUUGGUGUUCUAAACAAGAUAGUAUUGGAGUUCCCUGAGGUAUUUUGGGAUGAUAAUGUGGAUUACUUUGGUGCAACUGCAGAAGAAACAGAUUUAAGAGGACAGUGCUUUAUGUUUUGGAAUCUCAGAAAGACAGUUGGGGCUCCAGUUCUGAUAGCUCUACUUGUUGGGAAGGCUGCUAUAGAUGGACAAAGCAUCAGUUCUGGCGAUCAUGUUAACAAUGCUAUGGUGGUUCUCCGAAAGCUUUUUAGGAAUGCUUCUGUACCAGAUCCAGUUGCAUCCGUUGUGACAAAUUGGGGACUUGAUCCCUUUAGUAGAGGUGCUUAUUCUUAUGUUGCAGUUGGAGCAUCAGGGCGAGAUUAUGAUAUUCUUGGAAGGCCAGUUGAAAAUUGCUUAUUCUUUGCGGGUGAAGCAACAUGCAAAGAGCAUCCAGAUACUGUUGGUGGUGCAAUUUUGAGUGGUUUGCGAGAAGCUGUUCGCAUCAUUGACUUACUGAACACUGGCAAUGACUAUAUUGCUGAGGUAGAAGCGCUACAGACUUACCAAAUGCAGUCAGACAGUGAAAGAAAUGAAGUCAGGGACAUGUCAAAUAGACUUGAAGCAUGUGAACUUUCUACUGCUCUAAGUAAGAACUCAUCUGAUGCAAUGUAUCCAAUUGUUAGCAAGGAAUCUUUGCUGCAAGAAAUGUUCUUCAUUACAAAGACAACAUCAGGGCGCCUACAUUUGGCUAAGGAGUUAUUGAAGCUUCCUACGGAUGUUCUUAAAUCAUUUGCUGGGUCUAAAGAAGGACUAAAUACGCUAAACUCUUGGAUACUUGAUUCACUUGGGAAAAAUGCUACUCAACUACUGCGGCACUGUGUGCGUUUGCUUGUGCUUGUUUCCACUGAUCUGGUAGCUGUACGCUUAUCAGGAAUUGGGAAGACUGUAAAGGAAAAGGUUUGUGUGCACACAAGCCGAGAUAUUCGUGCUAUAGCUCGGCAGUUGGUCAGUGUGUGGAUUGAAGUUUUUCGUAGAGAAAAGGAUAGAAAUGGUGGACUCAAAUUGCUGCGUCGAAUACCAUCAAUUGAAUUGAGUAAGACCAAGAGUAAGGAUCUGCAAUCAGGAAAGCCUGCCUUACGUGUGCCAAAUGAAACUUUGGACAGUAAUAAAGUAGUUUCCCAGCGCCAGCGUACAAGAUUCGCAAGUAGUCAGUCACCACCAAAGACAAACAAGAAGUAUGAGAACAAGGAAAUGAAAUUGGAAACUGUGACAGCUGCUAUGUCCAAUGGCAAGUUGCUUUCCCAAAAGCAACCACAUGGUAUUGAAUCCAAGGUGGAGUGUGGCAUUCCUAUGUCCGAGGAAGAAGCUGCUGCAUUCGCUGCUGCCGAGGCUGCUCGAGUUGCUGCCAUAGCAGCUGCACAGGCAUAUGCAUCUGUAGAGGCAGAGAUAAGUGUGCCUCGUGAGCUUCCAGAGAUACCAUCGUUCGAAUCUUUUGUGAUUCGUGAUCACCAUUUGGACGAAUCCAAUACAAGAAAAAGAGCAUUGAAGGAUAAUUUUGGGAGACUUGAGUGCAUAUCAGAAAAUGAUUCCAAGAAUGUCAAAGCUAAGGAUUUGCCUGACAACACCAACUGCGCUGAUGCUGACAGCUUGAAAAUGGCUCGUGAUAAUUGUAUUCAGCAGAACCACUCAAAUGAGACAGCUUGCCUAGCAAACACUGAUACUGGUGUUGUAUACGGUCGGUUUACGAGGGCAUGGGUGGAUACUGAUACAAUCUGCAUUGAUGGUGUCAAGGAUCCUCUAGCCAUUGAGAGGUGGCAGGCACAGGCAAUGGAAGCUGAUAAAGAAUUCUACAGUCGGAUACGCAUACCUGAUGAAGAUGAUUCAAGUAGUCAGAAGCAGACAUGCCGUAGUUCUGCCUCACAGGGUGCCGAUAGCAAACCUGCAUCUGAGCGGCAAUCAAGAGGCGUGGAGCAUAUAAAACAGGGUCUCGUGAAUUUUAUAGCCUCGCUGCUGAUGCCAUUAUAUAGAGGAAAAAAGAUCGACCGAGAGGGUUACAAAUCAAUCAUGCGCAAAUCUGUUAACAAGAUCAUUGAUACAUGCUCAGAAGGAGAGAAAUCGAUGACUACUAUUGAGUUUCUUGAUGCUAAAAGGAAAAUUAAGAAGCCAGCGUGGCUCAUCAGUGUCGCCGCAAGAUCAGCAAGGGCACCUAUUACCCAGACUAUAAGCGUGGUCCAGAAGAGCAUUGACCAGAUCAACUCCAUCAGUUUCCUAUGCUCCCCCUGCUGGACAAGGGUUAAUGGGUUAUCCAGUAGGAAACGCCUUAAGGGCUUAAUUUCAAUAUGCUCCAUAGAAAAUCCGAGUCCAGGACUACAGGACAGACGUGUACUGAGGUAG